UGCAGUUUUUUUUUUAAAUACUGAUUUCCUUCUUUUUCCACCUCUUUCUCAUAUGCCAGUGUGUGAAUGUCAUGGCCCAGCACAGGUUUCGUAAUUCGACACAAUUUAUUUAGUUUAACGACACUUGCCUAGUACUACCUGCAAGGGUUCAGGAUGCACGCUCAAAGUUAAUAAAAAAGUAGUAGCUAGUAACAGUACAGUAUAGCCGUCUUACUUUCUUUCCUUCCUAGCUACAUGUCAUCGAGCUAACUAGGCGCAUCUGUAAAGCUAAUUCGCAGCAUCGACGUUAGCGAUAAACAAGAUGGCCACUGGCUGGCUAGCUAGCUAGGAAUGGCAUUUUGCCCUGUCUUUGUAUGAUAGUAGUCAGCUGGUAAACUGAAAAAUGCCUUUUAAAAAUUAUGCAAAGAGUUGGCCGGUGAAAAAAAUCCUCCCUCCGAAAAGUUAUUUCUGGUUGUAAGCGCUUCAUAUGUCACCCAAUAGCUUGCUUAUAGCCAUCCUCAGCCAACUGGGUGAAAAAAAUAAUCACCGCCAGAUUCUUGCAGCCGACUAGUGCAUGAUGUGCGUGGCGGGUUUGGCAUGCUACCUAGCUGGUCAGAACAUGCAGGGGCUUCAAAGAUAGGUGUUGCUCCUAACCCAAGGAAGAAGGCUUGGCAUCAGAACAAGCUGUACUGUCAGAGGGACACUCAAGUGGACCAAGGCUCUUUUCAGGGCAAAGUAGUACUAUUCUCUGAUCCAUUACGGGACUAACUGGAGACGGGUGCAUAAGGACUCUGCAGCCAUGGCAGAGUUAGAGACCGAGUGCAUCACGCUAGGACUCGACACGCUGCAUGCAUCAGAGUGUGGCUCGCCGCCGCUGGAUCCACUUCGGCCUGAGUGCACCUCGCCAACCCUCCACCUGCUCUCGUCCGACUGCAGCACGCCCACGCUCGGCACGCUGGCGGCAGAGAUCGCAGAGCCCAUGGUCAUGCUGCCCUGCGUGAAGACUGAGCCCGCAGAUGACCUGGACCCCAUCCGCACUGUGGACCUGUCAGAGAUCCAGCCUCUGAGCACGGCGGAGCUGGGCCACGAACAGAUCAAGAUGGAGAUCAGUGGGCUGGACUACAUCAAGUCUGAGCACCACGUCCACGGCCUCCACUGCUUCCACAGCUCAGAGUACGAGAGCGACUCAUAUUCUAUGAAGUCUCACUACGAGCCCAGCCUGGUGUUCGACUACAUCACCCACGUGUCCGACAGCCUGGACUACAUAAAGUCGGAGCAGCACGCCGACCUGCAGUGUUAUUAUACCACCGAGCUCGGGGCCAUGAAGACUGAGUACGAGCCCAACCUGAUGUCCAGCCACAUCAAGACAGAGAUGAGCCUCGAGUCCAUCCACAUGGCCGAGCUGCGGACCGAGCUAAACAAGCUCAGCCAUGACGGGGUCAUGGAAGGCCAUAGGCUAGACAAUGAGUUCCCUGGCGCAGGAGGCCUCUACGAGCUGCAGUCCGCCCAGGCUGGCAAAGGCUCAGGCCACACAAGCACGAAAGGGCAUAGCACAACCCCACGCAAGCCUCGUAACCUCAGUGGUGAGAAGCCUUUCUCUUGCACCCAGUGUGGGAAGAAUUUCAGCACUCUGGGGAACCUCAAAACACACCAGCGCAUUCACACAGGAGAGAGGCCGUAUACCUGCUCGCAGUGCGGCAAGAGCUUCGGCCAGGCAGGGAACCUGAAGAGGCACCAGCUCAUCCACACGGGUCAGAAACCCUACAUCUGUGCCCACUGCCCCAAGGGCUUCACCAAAGCAGAUGACCUCCGCUCACACCAGCGUCUACACACCGGCGAGAAGCCCUUCUGUUGCCUUCAGUGUGGGAAGAGCUUCGGGCAGUCCAAGGAGCUCAAAGCCCACCAGCUAAGCCACACCGGAGAGAGGCCUUUCUGCUGCCAACACUGCGGGAAGAGCUUCACCAAGGAAAUGAGCUACUACAACCACCUGCAGAUUCACACAGGCGAGAAACCGUACAGCUGCUCUCAGUGCGGGAAGACAUUCAGCAACUCGGGGGUCCUCAAAACGCACGAGAAGAUACAUUCCGGGGUGAGGCCAUUCGGCUGCACACAGUGUGGUAAGAGCUUUGGCCGUUUGGGACAUCUUAAAGCACACCAGCAAAUCCACACUGGGGAGCGACCUUUCGCCUGCCUCCAGUGUGGGAAGAACUUCAGCCAGUCAGGCCAUCUCAAAGCACACGAGCAAAUUCACAAAAGAGAGAGAUCAGACAUGAGCAGCAGUAGCUCCAGCAGCAGUGGUGGCAGCAGCAGCCGCAGUACUGAUAGUAGCUAAAUACCUUUAACCUCUUCAAAGUAUUAUUCCUUCUUUUUUUUAUAUAAAUACUAUAUAUAAAUAUGUUUUUCCUUACACUUUUCUUACGUUUUUCAUACCUUUUGUGCUUUUUGUGUUAUGUUCUUUGGGGGUCAACUUGACUGAUUUGCUAUUAUGCAAAUGUCUGUUUGUUGGGAUCAGUGAAGUUACUGAGGGACUUAUAGAAAACUUUGUAUCUCGUCUGAUCUGUGUUGUAGUGAGUGCCAUUCCAGUUUCUUUCCUCCAGAAAAGUCACUCAUUGUGUACACCCAUAUUGAUAACAUGUAAUUCCUAAACCAUGUACUGGAAUUCAUUAUUAAAGAAACUAAUGCAACACAA